UCCAUUUUACUCCGCCGGCUCCUCUGCGUGCUCCACCUCCAGGGACACUCUGACCCCUGCAGACCCGGACCCCGGACCCCGGACCCCGGACCCCGGAGCCAACGGAGCCCCGGAGCCAACGGAGCCAACGGAGCCAACGGAGCCCCGGAGCCAACGGAGCCCCGGAGCCGUCUCUCUGCUCCAGCCAUGCUUCUCCUCCCGUCGUCGCUGCUGCUCCUCCUCGGCCUCCUCCCCUGGAGCCCCAGUGCAUCAUGGGCCGCUAAGGUGAUCAUGGUGCCACCCAUCAUGUUCGAGUCCCACCUCUACAUCUUCAAGACGCUGGCCACGGCUCUGCACGGCGAGGGCCACGAGACCCACCUGCUGCUGUCGGAGGGCCGCGCCGCGCCCCCCUCCCCCCACUACCAGCUGCAGCGCUACGCCGGGCUCUUCAACAGCAGCUCGGCCGACCGCUUCCUGCAGGAAAAGGUCCAGAACAUCUUCUCGGGCCGCCUGACGUUCCUGGAGCUGUUCGACAUCCUGGACCACUACUCGCAGAACUGCGACGCCGUGGUGGGCAGCGUGGAGGUCAUGACCCGCCUCAAGGAGGCGCGGUUCGACCUCCUGCUGGUGGACCCCAACGAGAUGUGCGGCUUCGUGAUCGCGCACAUCCUGGGCGUGAAGUACGCCGUGUUCAGCACCGGGCUGUGGUACCCGGCGGAGACCGGCGCCCCGGCGCCGCUGUCCUACGUCCCCGAGUUCAACUCGCUGCUCACGGACCACAUGUCUCUGGGCCAGAGGAUCGCCAACACGGCGGUCUACCUGGUCCAGCGCUUCGGGGUCCGCUACAUCGCGCUGCCCAAGUACGACCGCAUCAUGAAGAAGCACGGCGUGACGCCGCAGGCCGCCAUGGCCGACCUGGUGCAGGGCAGCCAGCUGUGGAUGCUGUGCACCGACAUGGCCCUGGAGUUCCCCCGGCCCACCCUGCCCCACGUGGUCUACAUCGGGGGGAUCCUGACCCAGCCCUCCAACCCACUGCCACAGGACUUUGAGUCGUGGGUGAACGGCUCGGCGGAGCACGGCUUCGUGGUCGUGUCGUUCGGCGCCGGCGUGAAGUUCCUCUCCCAGGACAUCGCUCACAAGCUGGCCGGCGCCCUGGCCCGGCUGCCGCAGCGCGUCGUCUGGAGGUUCUCUGGAGUUCCGCCCAGUAACCUUGGCAACAACACCAAGCUCGUUGAUUGGAUGCCACAGAACGAUUUAUUAGGCCACGCCCACACCCGGGCCUUCCUGAGCCACGGCGGCCUGAACAGCAUCUACGAGGCGAUGUUCCACGGCGUGCCGGUGGUGGGCGUGCCGCUGUUCGGCGACCACUACGACACCAUGACCCGCGUGGCGGCCAAGGGCAUGGGCGUCAUGCUGCACUGGAAGGCCAUGACGGAGGACGACCUGCACGCCGCGCUGACCGCCGUCAUCACGGACUCCAGGUACCGGCAGCGGGCGCUCGCGCUCUCCAACAUCCACAAGGACCAGCCCGGCACCCCGGUGAGCCGCGCCGUGUACUGGAUCAGCUACGUGCUGCGCCACAACGGCGCCGCCCACCUGCGCUCCGCCGUGUACGAGGUGGCGCCCUACCAGUACUUCCUGCUGGACGUGAUGGUGACCGUGGGCGCCGCCUUGGUCCUGACGUUCUGCGCCCUGCGGUGGCUGGUCCGGAGGCUGAGGGGGCGGGGCCAGAGCGAACGGGACGAUGGCGGCCGGGCCAACGGACACUGCCACGGCGAGGGCGUGGCCAACGGGAAGCCGCGGCGCAACGGCGCCUCGCGGAGCGAGAAGAAGAGCAACUAACGGCGGGACUGGAGCGAGGAGGAGGGGAGGAGGGGAGGAGGGCCAGUGGCUUCAGAAGAGCUUUGGGAGGAAGCUGGAGGUUAUGGAGGACUCAAAAUGACUUAAGUAUAAAUAAAUAAAUGCAUGAAUAAAUAUAGGAAUAAAUAAAUAAAUGCUUAAAUAAAUGUAUAAAUAAAUAAAUGCUUAAAUAAAUGUAUAAAUAAAUGCAUGAAUAAAUAAAUAAAUAUAGGAAUUAAUCAAUAUAAGUUAUAAAUCAACAGGACAUAAUUAAAUAAAUAUAUCUCUACAUUUCUGUAUUUCUUCAUUUAUUUAUGUGUCCGUAUAUUCAAAUGAGCUGGGCGGUCCGAACCUCUGUCUAAAGCAUGAUUGGUCACAGGAGUGUGAUGCACCUGGUGUGUUGUGCUCGACUACUUCUGCCUGGCACAUGAGCUGAAGCUCGCUCAGCUAACCGUUAGCAGAAGUUAGCAGAGACAGCUUUCUGACUUCAGCCGUUUAUCAAUUCCAAGAACACUGAGUACAGACUCGUGUUCUUCUGGAGUCUGGUCUUGUGAGUCUGGUCUUGGGAGUCUGGUCUUGGGAGUCUG